AUGCCUGCUCCUCGGAAUUACAAGCGUCUUGUUCUUACGGGCGCCGUCACGGCUAUCACCAUCGCGGGAUCCCUCUACGGGGCAGGGAUCAAAACCGGCCAGGAAGCCGGUCAGCAAGUCCAGAAAAAGCAAGAAGCCUCUCUCGACGAGCGCAUCGCGACCCUCCAGGGUAUUCGAGAUAAUCUGUCGUCUAAGAGGCUCCACGUGCAGAAGCAGUUGGAUGACUUGGAUGCGAGGGUCGAAGAUAAGAAGAGGAAGGGACUUGGUGGUCCGAAGAAUGGGGAUUCGUGA